AUGGACAGUGGGGGAAACCCCAGCGCGGCAAUUUGCAGGUCGUGUGGAGAGGCGUUCAUUUUGCCUGAUGACGUUGAAGGCAAUCUCCCUCGUGUGCUUUUAUGUGGCCAUAUCUUCUGCACAUCCUGUCUGCUGUCCAUUCAGUAUGACAGUGCGAUUAAAUGUCCAGAGUGUGAGGUUGAGUCAGCCCUUCCUGAAGGUGGGGUGUAUGGACUGCAGGAAGAUAGCAGAAUCAUUGGCCUCAUCUACACUGCUAAAAUGAACAGGAUGAAAAGUCUCCGAUGUGACAGGUCAAAGAAUCGCAGAAGGAACAAAUCACCGUCCACAGACAUUACAGCCAAAAACGAGGAUAUGGAGCAGCCAGUUGAUAUUGAGAAGAUUGAGAGGGCGGUGGAUGAGGCGUUGGUCCAUGCUGCAAAAAAUCUUACCCUUCUGGAACACAUACAUGAGACUUUGACGACUGGUCUGGCAGAACAGGUGAAGAGAGAGCAAGCUCGACUGGAGCUAGAGAUCAAGCAAGCUGUAGAGAAGGCUGCGCAUGCUAUUCAAAAGUGGAAGGAUGUGCAGUUAAGUCAGCUGACAAAACUGGAGGCACGAUUCUCCUCCAGCCAAGCGGAGGUGAGCUCUAUCCAGGAGAGGAUUAAGGCCCUUGAAAUUGCCAUGCAGAUGGCCAGAGAAGUUCGCCGUGUCCCCUUCCUGGAGCAGUACUGCACCCUGGAUAAUGUAUGUAACCGAUACUUACUAGUUCUAGAGACGUUGCAGGCUCCUGUGGAUAACCAGUCCUUCGAUAUGAAAUGCAUUACUAUGGGCUCUGGAAUGAGCUGUGUUUACCAGUCAGAAGGUCUGAACCAGAGUCUGUCAUUGUCUCUGAAGAUGGAAGUCGGUGUCCCAAAGCAAUUGUCAGAAUCUCCACCCAAAGGCCACCAGCUGGGCAACUCAAACAUAAAGUCUUUCUGGGAAGAUGUAGAGGGAAGCAACAGCAACGAGCUCCCGACGCCACAAAAACAGGGCCGGGAAAUCCCGGGAGCUAACAGGUCAUCGUUGCAAGGCUCCUCUCCAAGCCCAAGACCUCGUCGCAACCUUUCUCGCCACAGCUCGGCCUCAGACCUCGGAACUCAAGAUGUAAUUAUUGAGGAACUAUUUGAUGAGGGACAGAAGCACCCUCCCCCACCCACGGGCCCUGAGCUGGCUAACGACAAGUCGAGAAUCCACACGAAAAGGAAAAAUAUCUUGUCUGCCAAUAAGAGAAAUGUCCCCCAGUGGGUGGUGGUAACCCACAUUGUGAAUCCAAGUCACUUCUACAUCCGCUAUGUGGCCGAGAAGAGGGCAAGCGAGAUGUUGUCUAAGAAGAUCAACUCCUUCUGCUCCAGAGAUAGCUGUCGUUUUACUUCCAGUGACACAAUGGAGACCGGCUCCAUGAUCUUUGUUACGUGGAAAGACGGUCUUUGGUGCCGGGCCCGUGUGGUUCAAGUCUUGCAGAAAGGAUAUGUGGAGGCUGUGCAAACCUGCCUAGUCACCCAGCUGGCCAAUUUACGUGUCUUCUUGCUUGACUAUGGCUUCACCAAAAGCCUCACCAUAGAGAGUGAGGAAGGGACUACUGAGUCUUUACUGAAGGCUGUGAACAACCACCUGAGGAAGGUGGGUGAGGCAGUGAAAGUGGAACUGGGUCGUUUUGUUCCACAGGCCAUCAGAUGUUCACUCAAGGACCUGGUCCCGUAUGACCUGACAAAGGGCUGGAGCAAAGAGGCACAGGUUGAGUUCCACAAUGUGGUUGGUUCUGCAGCAGUGGAGAUGCGGCCUUUGGGUCACGACAGAGACCUUUUAUUGGUGGACCUGAGAAAAGCUCCCAUGGACCAAUCAAGUGAUGUGCCCAUCUCUGUCAGAGAGUACCUUGUUUUCAUUGAAGUGGCCAGGUUUUAUUCUCCUGUGACGUUGGGAACGAAGACCCUGCUGUUUUACCCUCCUGUCUAUCCCAAGAUCAACACAGAAGCCAAUGCCGUGGUGUCCCACAUCAACAACCCUGCUGACUUCUACAUCCAGCUGGUUGAUAACAUGGAGUACUUGCUGCUCUCAGCCAAGCUUCAGGAUUGUUACAAUGAGAGUACAGUGGCUGCAGAAGAUGACCUCUGUAUCUACUGCCCUGUAAUCGGACAGGCCUGUGUUGCCCGCUACGAUGACAAGUAUUGGUACAGAGCUCAGAUUAUAGGUCAUCCAGGGGGCAGAAAAGUGGAAGUGCGUUAUGUAGACUUUGGCAAUAAAAACAUCUUGUCAGUCAGCGACUUGAGGAAGAUCAAGGAUGAGUUCUUUGCCCUUCCUUCCAAGGUGAGAACAAAGCAUUUGCUUGAUCAACUGAUUUUCUUAUACUUUUGUGUAGGGUUGGGUACCAAAAUCCCAUGUCAAUGUGGAACCGGUUCCACGGAUGACUG